CUGAUAUCCGGUUACGCAAACUGUCAACUUUGACAGGUGUAAAUAUUGUUGAUAUGUGUAUCGAUUGAUUAGUUAAUUAAUAUUCCAUAGAUAAUAAAAAAUGUCUCAGUCAUCACACAGACUAAUUAGUAAACUUGCCACGCCCAAAUUACAAACAGAGGGUGGUGGUUUUUUGGUGAGGAAAGUAAUUGGAACAGUUAUACCAAACUGUGAUCCAAUUUUAAUGUUAGAUCACAUUGGUCCAGUUGUUUAUAAGCCAGGUGAAGCAUUAGGGGCGCCAGACCACCCCCAUAGAGGAUUUGAAACUGUUACAUACCUAAUUGAUGGAGGGGUCAAACAUCAAGAUUCAGCAGGAAAUAAAGGUAUAUUAAAACCUGGAUGGGUUCAAUGGAUGACGGCAGGGAAGGGAGUGGUUCAUUCUGAGAUGCCAACAGAUGACAUCAUGGAAAAUGGUGGAAAAUCAGAAGGGUUCCAAUUGUGGGUUAAUCUACCUGCUAAGUUUAAGAUGAUUGAACCACGAUAUCAAGAUACACCCCCGGAGAAAAUACCCAUUGUUAAAACAGAAGAUAAUCGUGUUACUAUUAAAGUUAUAUCAGGGGAAUGUAGAGGAGUAAAUGCUGUUAUAGAAACUAAAAUACCUAUUACUAUGUUAGAUAUACAUCUAGAGGCAGGAAGUACAUUUACUUAUACAAUACCUACAUCUCAUAAUGGUUUCUGUUAUGUUUGGAGAGGAGCAGGAUUUUUAGGUCACAAUCAAAUGCCAGCUCACAUGGGUCAAGUCGGAUUAUUAAGUGAAACAGGGUCAGAGUUCAUGAUUCGAGCAGAAGAUGGGCAAGAUUGCCAUGCAUUGUUAAUAGCUGGAAAGCCUAUUAAAGAACCAAUUGCUAAUUAUGGGCCUUUUGUUAUGAACACUCAGGAAGAAAUCUUACAGGCUAUAGAAGAUUAUCGAGCAGGUAAACUGGGUCAAAUACCAGGUGAAGCAGAAAGAUUACGACAAACUGAGGCAGCACAAGCUCUCCAUAAAAAAAAUAAAAAUAAUUCUUAGCAACAUAUUUCAACAGCUUGACAUGCAUUUUAUUAUCUUAUGUGCAAAUUAUAUUUUCAAAAGCGAUUUUUUUUUUAUUUUUCAAAGUUAUUUAUAAAAUGCAUAAUAUCUAGCACACAUUAAUUGAUAUUUGAGAGGUCAUGGACCUUAUAAGGUCCAUGGAGAGGUUCAGAUGUGUUCUGAGAACAAGGUGAAAUCGUCGUCGUAUUCGGAAAACGUGGUGCACUUUCACAGUUCAGAAAAAUCCACAUUCUUGACAAAACGCGAUGGUCAGUUCGUUGUGAAUCAAGCAAAAAGUGCACUGUUUGAAAGAGUCGAUUUGUUCUAUUGGUACGCUUCUAUUCAACCAGUUAAACAGUACCUACCUAACAAAGGCUGGUAUAUUUGAAAGGGAUGUGUUUCGGUAUAAUUAUGAAAAAGAUUGUAUAAAAAUAGAACUAAACUACCACAGAAUUCACCAUCGUGGGGAAAGCCCUCGAGAAGUGAUGACGUACAUGUAGCAUGCAAAAAGGGAAUCACCUCAUUCUCGAGUGCAUCUGAACCUCCCUAUUAGUCUAAAAUAAACCUCUUAAAAUUAGAAUUCUUUGGAAACAAUGGCAAACUGGUUAUCAAGAGACCUAUAUUUUUGUGCAUCAUAUACUCCUACCAUACUGAGUGUGUCAGGCUUAAACCUGUGAUAAAUUGAAAAAUAUAUUUUACAAUAAUUGUGAAAAUAGUUAUAUUUAUUAUUAUUAGAAUGGCUGUGAGUACUUGUUUGACAAAAUAUCUUGGUUGUGUUAUAAAGCAACAAAAGAUUGAAACUUGAAAUUAUUAGUGCUAACUUCUUCUAUUGCUGAAAAACCUUUGUUAUUUAAUUAUAUUCUUAUCAGCAUUUUUAUACGCCCCCAUUGAAAUGUGGUCGUAUAUUGUCGUCCGUCCAUCGGUCCGGCGUCCACAAUUGCUUGUGGAUGCUCUAAAGGCUAAAGUUAAUAUCCGAUUGACUUUAAAUUUAUAUACAGUGUUUAAGGCCAUGAGACGAAAAAGCCUAUUGAUUUUCGGCGAUGUCCAAUGAUUACUCCCAAAGUUAUGGCCCUUGAUCACUUUGAAAAAUCUUGUGGACGCUCUAGAGGCCAAAGUUAAUAUCCGAUUGACUUCAGAUUGAUACACAAGAUCUUGAGACGAACAAGUAUAUUGAUUUUCAAUGAAUUUUUAUGACUUGGAACAGCUAAAUCCAUGAUACAGUAUUAAAAGUUUUGUAUACAAAACGUUAGCAUGGGGCAGAACUUUAUAAAAACCAAACAAAUUUUAAUGGUUUUCUGAGUUGUUGCUCUUAAUCAGAUUUUAGUGUAUUAUAAAUGUUUCAUUACCGAAAAAAGUAAAAAUAUGCGACAACUCUUGUUGACUGCCCGGACGAUUUAGCUGCUGUGGGCGUAUGUUUCGUUGCCUGGCAACCUAUCUUUAGAUAUUUUCUCAACACUUAUGAACGUCUUUUUAUAUAUAUUAUUAAACAUCCAUUAUCGAGAGCUAAAUCUGCCUAUUGCAGGUCAUUCUUUAGGCCGGAAAUGUUAUUUAAAUUAUUAAUUAGACAUUAGUUAACUUACCAAGACCAUAAUAAACUCUCGAUACCAUAGGAUGCUUGCAAUAUUUAGUGGAUUCAAAUACUUUUUCUGAUGGAUGCGGUUACCGUAAAAAUGGAUAAUUUCAUCCCGAAUUCUUUGGCUCAGAGUGAAGUAAUUUGACUGAAAUUUUCGAAAUAUUCUCUUUUCAUUAUCUAUUUUUUAGCAAUUGUAGCAAGAACUGUCAGCUCUUUAUAUAAUUUUACCUAAUGUUGCUUUAAGCUAUUACUUGUUUGAAAACCACAAAAUCUGAAUCAAAAUUUUGCUUUUUUGCUUUUCAUAUUUUCUGUUAUUUAAAACUUUUAUUUUGAUUUCUAAAGCAACAACAGAUAUGUUAAAACACUUCAACUGAUUUAUGCCAAUUAAUUAAAUUGUCAUCGUUUUAUGUAUGUAGUCCUUGGCCACAUAUUCCCGAAAAACUUCAAAAAUGUUUAAAGAUACUGCUUUUCCAUUGGCUAGGAGUUAAUAUAAUGGCUAGUAAAUCGAUGGUAUUCUUAAAACAUUUGAGUCUACGUUUUGGUAAUUAAUAAGGACCCAUAUCCAGUACCAGAUUUAGAUGAAGAGAGACGAUUCCACAUGUGAGGCCACACCCAAUCCCCCACUCACAUGACUAGAGGAAGAUGGAAGAUUGUUUUAAAGAAAAUUGAGCAAAUCCAAGGCCGCAGGGGUUAAAGACUACUGUGCAUAAAAGAAGGGUCAAUGACAGUGUCAAAAAUCUUAUACACCUUGAUUGGAAGCCUUGAUUUUGAGACCCUAGGCUUCACUGUUAAUUAAGCCGAUAGGUAAAUUGAACACAGACCAUAUCUUGAGGUUAAAUGCAUGUUUUUAUUGUGUGUUGUACUGUGGGUCUAGUACGUGGUUAAAAUAUCGGAGGGUAUAAGUUAUUGUAUACAUUGAUAUAGCAGGUAUGUGCUAAUUAUGUAUGUUGUAAGCUACUCCUGUGAUAGAGAGGUAGCCUAUUCUAAACAUAUAUGUCUGGGGCAAAUAUGAAGAAAGGUUCAUUCUAGUGCAAUGGAAAAUUCAUACUAACCAGUACUUGCCUUUCAAUACAGGGUCUGUUUCAAAGAGAGACCCACACAAAAAUAUACUCAUGCUAAAAUAUUUUUUUAAAAAAGAAAGGGAAAUUCUUUCACUCCCAUGGCAUUUUAAUAUAGAAUCUUUCAGGAAAACUUUGAUUCUAAUUGAGUGAAAAGGGGGAAUCUUGGUGUAUAGUUUCAUUACACCAAUACCUUACCACUGGGGUUAAGCAGAGUGAUAAGCCAUUUGAUUGGUUGACAUUUUCUAACAAAGGUAAUUAAAGAGUGUCAUCUUGGAGACCUCAGGCUACUGUUGACUUCUUCAAAAAUAAGAGGGAAUAGACACAUAGAUACCCCCACCCCCCCAUACCCAAGCAGAAAAAAGGGGGUUAGGAAUGUAAGGAAAUUAGUGAUGAAGAAUAAAAAAAAAGACAGUCCCAUAUAUUUUCUAUGACAACCACACCGUGUAGAUCUUUUUAGUUUUGGAAAUUUUAUAUUUUAUUGGAUAUUUUUCUUAAUUAUUUUUCAGUAUCAAGCUUUUAGGCUAGGCUAUUUUAUUAUUAUAUUGUUAUUCUAUUAAUAUGAUUGUUGUAUCUUUAAAUGUUUAACAAAUGUUUUGAAUAUUUGAAU